AUGGGACGAACACUAACAUACCCGAAGCGGUCCUCCAACACGACCGUACUGCUAGCUACAUACGACUUGGGUGCUAUCCACUCCAUCAUCAACUCCUCCCAGGUGCUCCAUGUCUCCUUCAACCCGGGGCCGGAGGACCCCUUCCCGACCAUCCUGCCCAUGAUCGGGCAGAUGGGAUCAUUCGACUAUCCCUCAGCCACCAUAGAAGAGCCGCUGGAGUGCUAUCUGCACGGCUACGUCAGCUCGCGCAUCAUGAAUCUGGCGCGCAACUCCGAGGGCGAGGGAUUGCCAAUCUGCGUGGCCACCAGCAAAGUCGACGGACUGAUCCUAUCCCUCACGCCCAAUUCACACAGCUACAACUACCGCUCAGCCGUGCUGCACGGGUACGCCACCCUCGUCACCGACGAGCAGGAGAAGCUCUGGGCCAUGAAGCUGGUCACUAACUCCGUGCUUGAGGACCGCUGGGACCACUCGCGGGUGCCGCCCGACAAGGCGGAGAUGUCGUCCACCGUCAUCCUCAAGGUCAAGAUUGUUGAUGGGAGCGGCAAGAUCCGUGAUGGAGGCGUGUCGGAUGAGCGCAAGGAUAAGGAUAAUCGCGAGGUCACCAGCCGUGUCUGGACUGGCGUGGUUCCGGUCUGGGAGACCUUUGGAAAGCCGAUCCCUAGCGCCGAGAACGAGGUGCAAGAGGUGCCGGAAUAUAUCAACUCCUUCAUCGCCAGCAAGAACACACAGAACCAAGCCCUUGCAGAGGGUGCAGUAAAAGUGCAAUUGCCCGCGGAGGAACAGCACUAA